UUAACCGGAAGUUGGUUUGUUGAUUUGACGUCAUGGGCGGGGUGAAAGCCCACAAUGGCUGACAUAAUCAUGUCAUGCUGUAUGACCGAUACAGACAAACAGCAGAAAAAUAGGAGUAAAAUGAUCGAUAAAGCCUUAGCCAAAGAAAAGAUAACUUUUAGAAGAACAAUCAAAAUAUUACUUCUUGGUGCUGGAGAGAGUGGCAAAAGUACAUUUUUAAAACAAAUGAAAAUUAUUCAUGGACAAGAAUUUGACGAUGAGGCAGUUCGAGAAUUUAAAAGUGUGAUUUAUGGGAAUAUUGUUAAGGGAUUGAGAGUUCUUAUCGAUGCAAGGGAAAAGCUAAGCAUCCCUUGGGGAGACGAAGAAAAUGCUAAACAUGGCACCUUUGUUUUCGGCUGUGAAAACGCAAACAAACUUGAUGAAAUGACAUUUCAGAAAUAUAUUGAACCAAUGAUAGAAUUGUGGAAAGAUUCUGGCAUACAGCAAGCAUACGACAGAAGGCGUGAAUUUCAGCUGGGUGAUUCGUUGAAGUAUUUUGCAGACAACUUAGAAAAAGUUGGUCACCAGGAUUAUUCUCCUACUAAAUUGGACAUUCUACAUGCAAGAAAAGCUACCAAAGGAAUCACAGAACAUACUAUAGACAUCAAUGGUGUUCCAUUUCUCUUUGUUGAUGUAGGGGGUCAGAGGUCACAACGACAAAAAUGGUACUGGUGUUUCGAAAAUGUAACCUCCAUUCUUUUUAUAGCAUCUUCAAGUGAGUAUGAUCAAGUGUUACUGGAGGAUAGGAAGACAAAUAGGCUACAAGAGUCAUGUGACAUAUUUGAAACGAUAAUCAACAAUAGAACAUUUGCUAAUGUGUCAAUCAUUUUGUUUUUAAACAAAUUUGACCUUCUCAAGGAAAAAGUGCCCCGUGUUAGCAUAAAAGACUACUUUCCUGACUUCAAAGGAAAUCCACAUAACAUCAAUGAUGUACAGGAAUUUGAACUGAGUUUGUAUGACGAGUGUCGUAAGGAACGAGGAAAGCCUCUCUUUCAUCACUUUACAACAGCUAUAGAUACAGAAAACAUCAAGUUUGUGUUUCAAGCAGUGAAAGAUACGAUUCUUCAAGAAAACCUCAGGUCAUUGAUGUUACAGUAGUUACCAUAGUAACGCUCAAUGAGACUAGUCUUUUUUAGGGGAGAACUUGUUGUGAAUUGUUAGUAUUUAAUACAUUUUAUCUGAUAGUUUUAAACUUAUCGCAUACAAUGUGAUGUAGCACUCUGUCAAGAUGUCAAUGAUAUUGCAGCAACUAAGAGUACCUCUUAACUUGGUUAUCUGCCCUGAGGCGUUCAUUUGUUUCAUUCUGCUAUACUACACUGUUCCUUGAUAGAAAUUAAAACAAAUUGUAAAUUGAUUAAUUGUAUGCUUACACUUUAUAAAAUAAGUUGAUAUAUAUACAAUGUAUUGCAAAUAUUUUAAUCAUGCAUAUAAAUAUAUCUUAGUUGCUGUUUGAAUUCGUGAGUUGACAGUGAUUAUAUGUUUAAAACCUUUAAUCAUUUUUUUCAAAUUUAUGUUUAUGUAUGGACUUUAUCUUGCGAUAAACGCAUUGAAAAACUAAGAACAUUUUUUCAACAAUAUUUAAUUGUGGAUGAUGUUAUACAAAAUUAAAUACACUUUUCGCUUUUGUAUCCAGCAUUAUACAGUUGUCUUGUUUCAACUCUUUUCAGUCUGCUUUUUUUUUUCCAUAUUUCUUUUCUCUCCCUCCAAAUAGUUGCUCCCUAAGCAGAUGCUGAUGAAUGAAAAAUUUGAAAUUUCAGAUUUGUUUCUUUGCCAAUAUUUCAUUUUAAUUCCAUCAAUUACUUGAAAAGAAUAUAGGUAUUCUAUUUUUGAAUUAACAUUUAAAAAAAAAAUAUGUUCAAAUUCUUUCUUUUGGAAAGUGACUUUUUAUCCAGAUAUUUAAGAAGUUAUCAAUUCAUUAUAAGCAAAUAUAAUCAGCAACCUGCUGAAAAGUUUGGGUACAUCAAGUUUUGGUUUAGAACAUUUAUGUCAUUGAUAAAAAUGCUAGAAGGACAACAUAUUUGAUAAAAUUAUAUAUUUUUAUAUAAACAUUAUGUAUAUGUAGCAAAUGGAAGCAGCCAGAUGGUAUGAGAAUUGUUCUUAAAAGAGACUUUUUCUUACUUUUUGGACCCUGAUCUUUUGGUUCAGGUAUGUUUUUUUUUUAUUUGAUAAAAGCAUCAAGGGACGCAGAAAAAUAUUAUAACAUGUAAUUGUGAUUCUAUAAACGAAGAAAGAUCAAACUAUGCCUUAAAGUGGAAAAAGCUCUCACUCUGUAUACAUGUAUGUUUUAUUUAAGUCUUAAAAUAUUUAAAAAAAAAAAGAAAGAAAUAAUAACUUUAGUAGCCUUUAAUGAAAUUUAGAGACAUGAUAGUUAAAACAAUCUUAAUUCAAAUAAUACAUAAGCCCACCGAUUCUUAUAGAUCAGAGUAUAGGACAUAAGUGAAUGUUUGCUCAUACAAUAGGUAGGUUGAAGACGUCAGUAGCUGAAUUUAAUGCUGGAUAUCUUAUGAUGAAAGACCCAGCCAUUAAAUUGUCCACAGGCUUUUUGCCAUUUAAAAAUCACUUAUGACCAGUAAUUUUCUGGAACAUUUUUAUAAUAAGGAGUUUUAUACAAGUCAUCUAUUUUGAGUGUACUGAAUGGUAAAUAUUAAAACAAUUGUAAUUUUUUAAGACUGAUGGCCUUUAUAGAUUGAUGCUUUAUUUGCAUUUCAUUUUACCUGUUAGAUUUAUAAAUGUCAUAAUGAAAUGUCCAUGAGUAACUGUAAGCUUUUAAGUUCCCCUGGCCCUAUGGGCCACAUGAUCUAUUGGCAUCACACAGGGUCUGCUGUUGUCAUCCUCUGUUGUCGUAAACACACAAAAAAAUGUUCUACUCUGAAAACCACUGUAUCAAUUUUAACCAAACUUUGACUGAAUGAAACUUAGGGUAUUUAGUAUGCAGUUUGUAUUUUUGUUACUUAGAAUCAACCAACUUGGCCACAUAUUAUGAAUCUAAGUUUUACCUUCUUUCCGUUUUCCCCAAAAUAAUCAGAUAUCUAUUAAAUGAAUUAUUGCCCUUUAAUUAUUUUUUACCCAUAUUUUGUGUGGUUUAGAAUUAUUUUAUAAACUUAAAUAGAUAGAGAGAGACAGUGAAAAAAAGCUUAUAUCUUCAUCAUUUUAACUCGGGUGGAUAGUUGUCUCCUGUGGGAUUUACCACAUCUCCUUAUUUUGAUAAAAAUAACCAAUGGCAAUAAAGGUAAGAAUAAAAUCAAAAUGGCACUUUCUUUUCUAUCUUGAAGCAAAUCACGCUCUCUUGUUGUGAGUACAUCUCAACUUGUCCUAUCCCUCUAUAUUUUUAAAGACAAACAGCUUUCUUUUAAGUGACAAUCCUACAGUCAUACACAUUAUGUUUUGUUAAAUAUACCCUAAACUGAUUUAAAUGUUAAAGAAAGAUGAAGGUUUAUUUUACUGAUGCAUGUAAUUAGUGUUGAAGAGACUGGUUCAGGUUUAUAUUGGUUUAAUUGAUUCAUGCGAACAGUUUUAAAGUUUACUGAGAUAAAUUUCAGAAUAAUAACAGGAUACAAAUAUAUUUGGCUUUUUUCUUGAAUAAUAUUAAUGUACAUAUACAUUGAAUUAAUGUACAUGUUUGUAUGAUAAACAAAUUAUUACGAUGAAGAACAAAUACAGAAAACAUGCUGAUGAUUAUUGUAUUGUAGUAGUGUACAGUUUGUAAAAUCAUUUACCAUUAUUUACAUGAAUGUUAUUGGAUGAAACAUUUGUUAUAUGCAUAAUUUUUAUAAAUUAACACAAGUGCAAUGAAAUAAUUUUUUAGUUGUUGAGUGUAAAUCAUGGAUUAUGUGAGAUUGUGUCCGUGUAAGUCUGUGUCAUAUCUGUGUCAUAUCUGUGUCAUGUCUGUUGUUCAUGUUUAAUGUAGAACCAAUUGGUAUAUCAUUGUUUGUCAAGCCUGCAAUGAACCUUGCGGAAUAUGAGACAUAGGGAUGCUAAUUCGUCAGUGGCAACUAUUUGCAUAGAGCUUUAUAUUUCAGACGAUAGAAGACCUUGAUACUUCAUACAUGUAUCUUGUAUACAGAUGCCUUAUGUUAUGAUGUUUCAGUCUGGCAUAUACUUGUUGUCACUUACCUCAUUUUCAUGGUUCAGUGACUGCUUUAAAAAUGUACAGUUUUUUUAUCACAUGAUAUUUUUUUUUAUAAUGAGUAAUAGGACAACUUGAUUUGCUUCAUGUCUGUCAGACAGGGUUCACCUGACCAUGACCCUAUUUCAAUAUCAAUGAUCAACAUUAGGUUUCAAGGCUAGGUUGUUUUCUCAGAUACUAAAAGCAAUAGGUCACCUAUAAUUGGUGUAUGGAAUGAUUGUUACGUAUACAUGUCUGUCUUGCAGUGUUCAUCUGACCUUUCCCUCAUUUUAUGGUUCAUUGGUCUACAUUAAUUUUUCAUGCUUAUGUCUGUUUCUCAGAUACCAUAAGCGUUAAGUCAGCCAUAUUUGUUAAAUGGAAUAUUUGUUAGGUAAAAACGUCUGUCUGGCAUGCCUAAUCUGACCUUGAGUCUUGACCUCAUUUUCGUUAAUCAAUGAUGUACAGUUUAUGUGAAACCUGUAGAAGGACUUUAUAUUUAAGACUUUCAAAGUGAAAUUCAAUCAUGAAUAGUGAAAAAGGUGAGAAAAUUCAGAGCAUUCUCUCUUGUUUUAGUUUAAACUAUGAUCUCAUUACUUUAUUAAAUAUUUAAUUAAAAUCUCUGAGAAUUUUUUUCUGUAUGUUCAAGCUUAUCUUCUUUCUUGAAAUUUUUAGAUUUUCAGUAAAUUAUUUUGGCUUUUGGUUUAUACUUUUGGCUAGAAGUUUUUUUGUUGGUUUGAUAUAUUAAGAUAUGAAUUGUUAAAGGAAGAAAUAAUUAAUAUGAAGAAUAAAUUAUGUAUCUUAAAUAAGCAGAUGUGUUUCCUACUCUUUUUGUUAGUUGUGUUAUUAACACAGAAUUGUUAUAAUAUUAAAAUAGGCUUCAUUUAUGUUGGAAUCCUUGUAAGAGUUUAUUUGAAUUUUAUUUGACACAGUUUUUCAUUCUACAACAGAAAAAAGUAGUACUGUACUUCUUGACAAGUGGUUUCAUUGAUCUUGAAAAUGACUAAAAAUAUAUUUUGACAUGAGUCAUAUGUUUUUUGUAGGUGAAAAAGUUUCAUCUUUCUAGACAUCACUCGGCUCAAAUUUUUUUAAAGAUUAUAAUUCAUGGUUGACAAGUGUAGUUUCAUAUCUAAAGUAACCCUUAUGUUCAAUCCUACACCAUAUUUAAAAGGAUGAACUAAGAACUCAAAGGAACUGCUAAAAAUGAAGGAGAGAAAGGUCAUAAAUCUCACCCUUUUUUACAGUCUAACUCUUGUUAUCAAGAGGUACUAUAAAAUAAAGUAUUUACAACAAAAAUUCGAAGAAAAAAAAUCACAACAGGUCUUACUAGCUAUAUAUAGUCAAUUGAGGAAGUAAAAAGUGAAUAAGAUUAAUUUGAAGGAAGUGUCUCUAAUGUUUUAUCUUACCCUGUCUUUUUAAGGAGUAACUAAGAAAAAUAGGGACACGACUAAAGAAUAGGAAAAGAUUAAUAUAGUGGGUAGAACUAAGAAAAAUAGGGACAGGACUGAAGAAUUGGAAAAGAUUAAUAUAGUGGGUAGAACUAAG